GACUUUGUUGUUGUGGUUCCUCUUCUUCCUCAGACGCAGGUCGGUGUAGGAUCAGCAUGGAGUCCGUCCGCCUCUUGUUUUUAAACAUUUUGAUAGUUUUUUGCACCUGUUCAGCUUCACCCCCAAACUUCGUCCUGAUCUUCGCAGAUGAUUUGGGUUUCGGGGACUUGGGGUGUUACGGACACCCCAGUUCACUCACUCCAAACCUGGACCGGAUGGCAGCGGGAGGACUCCUGUUCACAGACUUCUACUGCACCAGCCCGGUGUGCAGCCCGUCCAGGGCAUCAUUGUUGACAGGGCGCUAUCAAACCCGCUCAGGUAUCUACCCAGGAGUGUUGUACCCAGGCUCUAUAGGGGGACUUCCUCUGAAUGAGACUACCAUUGCUGAAGUGUUGAAACCUCUGGGCUAUGCUACUGCUGCAGUUGGGAAGUGGCACUUAGGAUUUGGGGCCAAUGGGACGUUUCUUCCAACCAAGCAGGGGUUUGACAAGUACCUGGGGAUCCCGUACUCCCAUGAUAUGGGCCCCUGUCACAACCUGACUUGUUUCCCUCCAGAUGUUAAGUGUUUUGGACUGUGCGAUGUUGGCACUGUGACUGUCCCACUGAUGUACAAUGAGAUCAUCAAACAGCAGCCAGUCAACUUCCUCAGUCUGGAAAGGACUUACAGCGACUUCGCAACCAAUUUCAUUACCACGUCAGCCAAGAAAAAACAACCUUUCUUCCUCUACUAUCCUUCCCAUCACACCCACUACCCCCAGUAUGCAGGUCCGGGGGCAGCUGGGCGGUCUUUAAGGGGUUCAUUUGGAGAUGCUCUGUUGGAGCUUGACACCACAAUAGGAGACCUGCUGACAACUCUGGAGAAGACAGGAGUGAUCAACAACACACUGGUCUUCUUCACUUCAGACAAUGGGCCUGAACUGAUGCGUAUGUCCCGUGGAGGUAAUGCUGGCCUACUGAAAUGUGGAAAAGGCACCACAUAUGACGGAGGCAUGAGAGAGCCGGCCAUCGCCUUCUGGCCAGGGACCAUCAGGCCAGGUGUGACUCAUGAGAUGGCCAGCACUCUAGAUAUCCUUCCCACCAUUGCACGUCUGGCAGGAGCCAAACUACCUCAGGUGAUGCUGGACGGGUUUGAUAUGACAGAAAUCCUUGUCAACCAUGGAAAGAGUAUAAGGGAGGCAAUGAUGUUCUACCCCACAGAUCCCAAUGAGAUAUAUGGCUUGUUUGCCCUGAGGUUAGGGAAGUACAAGGCCCACUUCUAUACACGAGGUGCUUCCCACAGUGGUACUACCCCAGAUCAAGACUGCCCAGUAUUUGCAGUCCUCAAGGCCCACGACCCCCCUCUUAUUUUUGACCUGGAAGCUGACCCCUCAGAGCACUACCCUCUUAACCUACAGGGAAGACCUGACCUCCAAGCACUUCUGGAAAGGAUCAAGAACGUCAAGCAACGAUUUGAAGCCUCCAUGGUGUUUGGAGAGAGCCAGGUAUCAAAAGGAACAGACCCGAACCUGGCACCUUGCUGCAAUCCUCAGUGUAGCCCCAAGCCUAGGUGCUGCCAUUGUUGAUGGGACAAAUUCUCACAGUGAUAAUUCUCACAAUGCUAAUGAUGACAUUGAGGGAAAUGCUGGAGGUACUGCACUGAUUUUGCCACAAGAGGUGAUGUUGAUUAUCUGAUGAUGCAUUGCUACUUGCUUUUGUGGACAGCUAUGCUUUAAUUACUGUUCUUAUUGAAAAGUAAUAUUGCACACAAUCUUUGAGAGAUGAUUUUCUAACUACAUUUAGAACUAAUGUAUAGAGUUGCUCCGAUACCAAUAAUGGAAAUGACUCUGGCUAAAAAGAGGAAUCAGGUAUCUGCGAGUACUCAUGUACAUGCCAUUUCAUGUAAUUUGAUAUUACGUAAUUUAUUUGCCCUGAAAUAGGGCAGUGUCACAUUUGCCUUUUUUUUCCCAGGAUAAGGUAGUCUUGUCAUGAUCUACUCUGAGUCUGAUGCACCUAACCUGAUAUUCUCACCAUAACCAAUCUAACCAACCCAAACCAACAAAGGUAAUGAGUACAAAUAAAUCAGAGAGUAGGUUGGGUCAUGCACGCUGUGCUGCUUUUCACUGACAUCUAUGACAUUCAUUCAUCUAUUUGUUCACAUUUUUUAAAAAAAAGCGUUUAACCUACCAGGGCAUACAACAAUGAUAGUAAUCAUUCAAGACUAGUAGUAUACAUCUCUUAAAAAAUGACCUCUGUAUUGUUUGAUACAGAGUCGUUGUCGGCCAAGUUCAGGUAUCUGAAUUGGUAUAAGGACGUAAAAAAUGGUAUCGGAACAUCUCUACUAAUGUGUAACAAUGUACUGUAUAUUUCUUGACUUGUUCUGUUUGGAUACGGGUUUUAUUAUAAGAUUUAUUAUGUAAUUUCCACUUUAGUAUUUCUUAAAAUCAUUUAUAAUAAAUGUAUUGAUUCUUAUGUGAAAAUGCUUGGCAACAUAUUUCAGUCACACAAAACAAUCAAACAAUAAAGACAAAAAUGAA